AAUUAGGGCAAAUUAACUCAAAAUAGAAACCAAACUGUUCAUUCCAAAAUGGAAGCAGAAGAUAUGGAAAAUUCAAUUGCUCCGCCGUGGGUGGAAUUGCCGCCGGAUAUUACAUCGUCGAUCCUUCAAAAGGUUGGGCCAAUUGAGAUGUUGAAGAGCGCCGACAAAGUGUGUUCAACUUGGCGUCGGUUGUGCCAUGAACCAGCUAUGUGGCGAGUUGUGAAAAUGCAGAAUGCCGGCGCCGAUUUCUGGGACAGGGAGGAUGAUUUGGAGAAGAUUUGCGGUCGAGCUGUGGAAUGUAGCAACGGGGAAUUAGUUGAUCUCAGCCUUGAGUAUUUUGGCAGCGACAAGUUGCUCAGCUAUAUCUCUGAAAGAUCACCUCAGCUCAAACAUCUUCGACUCGUAUGUUCCUACAAUGUCUCAGCCGAGGGAUUGAGUGCAGCUGUGAAGAAGUUCCCAUUAUUGGAGGAGCUGCACCUCUAUUACAUCGCUAUCACCAAAGAAGCGAUUGAAACUAUAGGCAGUUCUUGUCGUGGUUUGAAGUCUUUUAAGUUGAACAACCAGAUCUGCAGACACCCCUACAUUGAAUACGAUGAAGAAGCCAUAGCUAUUGCACAGAACAUGCCUGAACUGCACCACCUUCAACUCCUUGGAAACAAGAUGACGAAUGAAGGAUUGGAAGCUAUUCUCAAUGGCUGCCCUCAACUUGAAUCGCUUGAUCUGCGGCGAUGUCUCAAUGUCGAUCUGGGAGGGGAAGUAGGUAAGCGAUGUUCUCGACAGAUCAAAUCUCUAAGACACCCUCAGGACCCCACCGAAGAUUAUGGGCUUGAUACAGAGAUGCACGACUUUGAGUCGUUUGAUGAGGAUUACCCAUCUGGAUUUUCUGACAUUGACCUCAUAUCAGACGACGAUGAUGAUUAUGAGUUUUCUGAUGGCAGCAACUAUUCUGAUGAUGAUGAGAUGGUGUUCGAAUAUUGAUGUCCUCCUCUAUUCUGAUGAUGAUGAGAUGCUGUUCGAAUAGUGAUGUCCCCCUCUAUUCUGUUGAUGUCAUUAGUCUCAGUUUUACUGUCAUUUGUACACCUUAUGUUGUUCUGGAUCCUUUAAUUUUCCAAUUGUUAAGCCCUAAGAAUAUAAAGAUAUCUGUUUCAGCACUUGCUAAGUAACUGUAGUGGGUUAAGUGCCUAGCACAUGUGUAGAUUUGUGGUUGUUAAAUUAAACAAUCCUUGUGUCAUUGUGCAACUACUCACUUUUAUGAAGGACAUUCGAAUCA